AUGAACAUGGCACUCUUUAUCCUCUUACUCCCCCCCCCUUUAAAUUGGAACAAAAUAUCGGUAAAAUUUCCACUUUUUUGGUAAAUUAACCCCCCUUUAAAUUGGAACAAAAUUUAAUUUUACAAUAAAAAAUUAUAUAUAAUUUUUAUCUAAAAAGUUUUGAUAUAAGUUAAAUGUUUCUUCUUAACUAAAAUUAAAAAUUUAGUUAUAUCUUGCUCGUUUUUAAAAGAAACAAAGUAUAAAGAACAUCUUAUUUAAAUAAAUUUAUUAUCCUUAAUUGCUAAAUUUUAAAAAAAAAAUUAAUUUUUUUUUUUUUAAAAAUUUCCAAAAAAUUUUUUGUUUUUGUUGAUAAAAACGAUAUUUUUUAUUUGGAUAGUUUUGAUAUAAAUUAAAUAGGAAUUCUUUAUGAAAUUUCAAAAUUUACUUAUUUCUUGCUUUAUUUUAAAGAAUAGAGUAUAAAUAACAUCUUAUUUAAACAAAAUUAGCACUUUGAUCGAUAAAUUUUCUAAAAUUUUUUUUUUUAUUUUUUUUUUUUUUAUCAAAAAAAAAUAAUAAUAAUUUUUGUGUAAAUAAUUUUGAUGCCAAUUAAUAGUGGCGUAUUAACUAAUAAUGAAAAUUUAGUUAUAUCUUGCUUUGUUUUAAUGGAUAAAGAGUAAAUAGCAUUUUAUUAAACAAAUUUUAUAAUCUAACUCGAUAAGUUUUUUUUGAAUUUUUUUUUUUUUUUAUAUAUAAAUUUUUUUUUUUAUAUAUAAAUUUUUUUUUUUAUAAAAAAUUUUAUAUUGAUAUUCUUUUUUAAAAAAAAAAAUUAACCCCCCUUUAAAUUGGAACAAAAUUUUUAGUUCCAAUUUAAAGGGGGGGGGAGUUAGGAGUGGCUGUGAUGGCACUCGAUACAUCUGGAUUUACCAACACCUAUGUAGACAGGGUGAUUGAUCUUACAGGCAGAUACUCACACUCAAUUAACACGAUAACAGUACUUAACCACGCUUCCUCAUCAGUAUCCAAGUAUUAUUACGCUAUCUCGAAAGACAAUUAUGAAAAGCUGGCCCAUAUCCGAGCUUAUUUCAAAGAUGAGCCUCACAACCUAUUCAAAAUUGACCACGUUCCCGAAGAGUCAACUUCCCAAUACGAGCUCUUGAAAAUCACUAUCCCUAGAGGCAUUGCUUCUAAAGCUGAGACGGAUUUGAUAGUUGAAGAAAUCUUGGCCCAAAAACUCGAGCCUUACCCAUCAAAAAUCGGCAUUUUUGACCCUCAACUCCUGUGGUUUGAAGACAAUAUUCAUCUAUUAAGUCCUUACAAAACCAAAUCUUCAAGAACCAGGGUAUCAUUCCCAACCCAAAACAUUGAAAGUUAUACCCAGCCUGAAGACAUGCUUUAUGACCUUAAAGGAAAAGAAUUAACCUAUGGCCAAUAUUCAGAUCUCCCUGCCUUCGCCAAUCUUCCACUCCAGCUCCACUUCGAGAACUCCAAUCCUUUGCCAUACUUCACAAGAGUAGAAAGACAAAUUGAAGUAUCCCAUUGGGGGAAUAUUGCUAUAUCUGAGUUCUAUAAUAUCAUUAAUAGAGGUGCAGAGCUUAAAGGAGAAUUUUCUAGAGUCGACCUUUCCCACCGUUAUAAAUCUGCUGCACAAAAUGCCUUAGAAUCUCUACAAGCAAUUUUGCCUAAAACAUCUUGGGGAUUAUCUUAUAGAGACGAGCUAGGAAAUGUGUCAACUUCAAGAGCCAGGCAACACCCCAGCUAUGUCCAUUUAGAAGUCAUGCCAAGAUUUCCAAUGCUUGGAGGCUGGAAAAGCAACUGGAAUAUCGGCUACAACCUUCCUAUGAAAUAUUUCGUAAAAAAUAAAGGAGAUCAGUAUAUGCUGAACACAACAUUCGGGUUCCCAUUCAAAGAGAUUAUUGCAGAAGAACUUAUAGUCAAGGUCAUCCUCCCAGAAGGCGCCACUGAUAUUGAUGUCGCUUUACCAUUCGAAAUCGACCAUAAACACUUUGAGACUUUACAUUCAUAUUUGGACACCACUGGAAGACCUGUAUUAGUUUUGACUAAAAAGAACGCUGUAGACUAUCACAGAAAGCCAUUCCAAGUGAUCUACAAGUUUUCGUCGGUACAGAUGAUGAGAGAACCAUUGAUGAUCAGCGGAAUAGUCCUGUGCGCGAUGCUGUUAUUGAUUUUUUACUACAGAUUCGACCUGGCACUAGACAAGACGCUGAAAAAACUUAAGACAGAGUAA